AUGUUCUCUACUAUCGCUAGCCUAUUCAGAAAGGCGCCUAUCCAGAAGGCGGCCCGUGUGGUUCCCAAAAGAAAGAAUUCGAUUUCUCUGCCUCUCGUGUGGAUUGACUGCGAGAUGACUGGCCUCAAUGUGGAGUUGGAUAACAUCAUCGAGAUCUGCUGCAUCAUCACCGAUGGAGACUUGAACAUUGUCGACUCGGACGGAUACGAAUCUACCGUUUAUGUUCCCAAGAAGACCUUGGAUAACAUGAACUCAUGGUGUGUUAACCAGCACGGAAAGCUGGGCCUUACAGCUAAAGUCUUGGCUAACCCACAGCAGACCUUAUCUAAGGUUCAGGAUGAGUUGCUUGAGUAUAUCCAAAAAUACGUACCUGAGCCUCGUACGUCGCUUUUGGCUGGUAACUCUGUUCAUAUGGACAAGUUUUUCAUGAUGAAGGAGUUCCCUCAGGUCAUCGAGCACCUACAUUACCGUUUGGUGGAUGUCUCUUCCAUUAUGGAAGUGGGCAUGCGCCAUAACCCUCAGCUCAUGAAGAAGUUCCCUAGAAAGAAGGGUACUCACACUGCUAAGUCUGAUAUCAUGGAGAGUAUCGCCCAGUUGAAGUGGUACAGAGACAACUACCUUCGUGGACCUGAAGAUUCCGAGAAGGAGCGUGAGAAUGCUGUGCCAGAAACACCUACUGGUAGCAAGAACGUCCGUGGGUUCGAGGAUGAACCAGCUCAGAAGAGGCAGAAGAUUGAAACUCCAGAACCACAGAAGAUUAUUCCAGAAAACUUAAAACUGCCUGCUUCUGGGGCUUCACCAAAACCUAACCAACCAAGAGUGGUUGUUGAAAAAUCCUUCGAGGAGACUGAAGAUGGCGAAAUCAGAGAAAUCGAGAGAACCACCAUCAUCUCCAAAUGA